CUUAAGCAAGAGAGAGAAAGUCAUGCUAUAAACACACGUUACUAACGCGCACGUAGCUAUAUAAUGCCGAGUUGUAGAUAGAGAGGUCGAGAGAGAUUUGAGAGAGAGAGAGAGAUUGAAAGAGAUUGAAGUGUAGUUAUUACUUCUAUCUGUCUUCUUAAUGACUCCUCUUCUGUUUCUGCGCCCGUAUUUAGGUUUCGCUUCGAUCCGCGUGUCUUCCGCUGUUCCUGUCCGUUGAUCUCUUUCUCUCUCUUCACAUCUCCGCCGUCCACGUGUCUCCCCGCCACCGCCUUCUCUCUCUCCUCUCCUUCUCAACUGUUAUGAAGUUCGCCGGUGAUCUCUUCUCCAUCCAUUCCUCUCAAUUACUAUACUUACAUACAUAUAUCAUAUAUGUCUACGGGAAAGUGCAGCAGCUGCUCUGUUUCUCCCUUGACAACUCUUCAAAUUGGGGACUUGCAGUCCUAUCUUUCACAUCUUAACCUUUUCCUGGCUCCUGAAAGUAAAAAAUUCUAUGUCUUGGUGGACAACCGCCCUUGGUUGGAAGACCUCGUCUCCCGUCCUGCGCACAUAUGGCAACUGAUGGUCACAAAGUCUAGGUUGUCCCCCUUUGCGAACACUAGGAAAAAGAAGGAGAGAAGAGAUAUUGGAGGUUUGUUUGAAGGGAAGGGUACAUCUAAAAUAAAUACCAGCAAAUCCAUAAACUUAAAAAAGUGGUUCUCAGUAAUUGACGCUGCUUCCUUAUCUAAGAAAAGAGCCUUGUUGCCUGUGGAAAAACUGAGGACCUCAUUAAUUUUAAAUAGUAAGUUGCAUGGGACCUUGUAUGGUUUUAUUGUCUUUGAAGUUGCAUGGUCUGAUGUUCGCGGUAUCAACUACCUAAAUGAACUUCAGACAGAUACAUCUUUGGCUAUCGAGGCCAAGUUCAUGUCAAGAUGGGAAUUCGAGAGUAUAGGGCAAGCUGCUAAAUGCAUAUCUGCAUGGUUCUCAGGGACUCCUACUGAGAGGGCUUGUUUGAAGGAGCAUCUAGAGUGUGCGAUAGGAGAUGUCUUCUACGACGCUCAAGAUUUUUUCGCAGAGACCACCAAUGUAGAUGAUGAGGUGGAUGAAACACCAUGCUCACCUUGUAGCAGUUUUAGUGUAUAUCCAACAACUGUGGAGAGAUCAGGUUUUACACCGCGCACACCACCUCCUGAGGACGGGCCUUACAAAAGACGAAAGGUCAUGAGCUCCUUUGGUUCUGGAUCUAGAGUGGAUACAUAUUCGGAAGAAGAUGAUGAAAAUUUUUCAUCACCAAUACCUUCCCAUGUCCGUUAUGCAAGUGAUUGUGAAGAAGCUAUUGAGGAUACCCAGUACAGGGAUGUUCUAAUAUUAUUUCGGUUUAAUGACCAUGACCUUCCAUUUAAAUUGAAGGAGAUAAUCACUUCUGAUUUGCGACUACUUACGUUGUUAGAGUCAGGUCUUCCUUCAUGGGUUAUCUUUUUUCAGUCUUACCCAGUAUUUUGCAAGUUUUAUCGUCCAUGGAUGUGUCCUCUAGUAAGAGCUCUGUACGUGCUCAUAUCUAUUGUCACCGUUCUGAUUGGUUUCUAUGAUCUAUAUAAAAAUGUCCCUGUUCUCAAGGCCAUGGCAUCACAUUUUUGUGGGCCUCUCUUAGAUUGGAUUGAUACGUGGGAGAUGGUAUCAAGAAUCAAGUACUUGGGUACAAUGUUAUUUUUGCAAAAUUCACAGAAGGCUAUUGAGUGGUUGUUGAAGACUUCGCGAACCAUUAGAUCUUUCUUCCGUGUUCUCACGCAGCCAGUGGCUGGACCUAUUGUGGUGUUGUGGGAGUUUCUUGUUCCUUUUUUGGAUACGUUUGCACAGGUAGCAGAGAGCUUCUGCACGCUUAUAUGGGUUACAGCGGAGUCUUCUUUUGGUUUACUGGAGAGCCUUGCUGAGACUGUAUUGUUGCCUCUGUGGUUUAUACUGUCACUUUUAUGGAAUAUUGUGGCUUCCUUUUUGUACCCUAUAUUCUGGAUUCUUUGGGAAAUAUUAUACGCUCCUCUUCGCCUUGUUCUCGGGAUAUGCAAUCUUAUUGUAUAUAUAUUUAGCAAUGUAUAUGCUAUGAUUGGAGAUAUAUGGUUCUUUAUCAGUAGCAUCUUCCAGCUAGCUUCAACUGCUGAUGCUACGGUGAACGCAGAGGUUUCCUUGUGGCGCACUUUAUGGAAUGACCUUUUUUCUCAGAUCUUUCGAGCUGUUCGGAGCAUCUUAAACGGUUUUGUUGCAUUCUUCGCAGCCUGCAAUCGUCACCGACUAAGUAUCUAUAAUCAUGUGCUCGAGUUAAUUCAGAGACUAGCUCAACGGCCACAUAGAUUUCAACCAACUGAUUCUGGGCAGAGAGGACAAGAAUCGGAAUCCCCGAAUUUAGCUAGGGUUUUAAGAUACAAAGAAAUGGCGAGCAAAUUGAUUGCAUCGGAACUGGCCAAAACAGAGAGGCUCAAUGGCACCAACUAUGAUAUGUGGAGCCGGAAAAUUCGAUAUGGAUUAAUCCAUGACAAUCUAGAGAGUGCAAUUGAAGAGGCUGCACCAAAAUUGGGAAAAGAAGCUACUGAUGCUGAAAAGAAAGAAUUUGACACAUGGAAGCUGUGUGACAAGAAAGCCAAAAGCCUCAUGCUGAUGUUUAUGGAUGAUAAUCUCAUUAAAGUUUUUGAGGUCUACACUACUGCAAAAGAUAUGUGGGAUGCAAUCAAAGAAAAGUAUGACACCACUUCUGAGGUGAAUGUGCAGCUCCUUCUGCACAGGUACAACACUUGCAAAAUGAAGGAAAAUGAAAAUGUUAUUGAUCACUGCAACAAAAUGAUUGUGAUGGCCAAGGACUUGGCAGCUGCUGGUAAUGAACUUUCAGAAAAUAUGCAGAUUGAUGGGAUAUUAAACAGUUUGCCUCGCUCUUUGGACAUGGUUGCAACAACUCUAAGGCACAGUGGGAAAAUUAAUAAGGUUGAUGAUCUUCCAAGUGCACUUGCCGUGGAGCAAGAUUUGGUGAAUAGCAGAAAAGAGCCAGAGCUGAAUAUUGUGCAAGAAGAUGAAUCUAACAUUGCUCGUGGGUAUCCAAAAAAUCACCACAAAAAUCAAAACAGAAUUGGUCCCUCAAAAGGGAAGAACUUCAAGCCACAAAAGUGGCAGAAGAAGGUUCCACAAGAUGCUUGCUACACUUGUGGGAAGUAUGGCCAUUUUAAGGCUAAUUGUACCCAAAAGCAAGGAAACAAGGGUGGUGACAAACGCCCAGAAAAAGGUGGCCCACAAAAAUAUGAGUUUGUGGGAGUGAUUGAAUGCAACGCCGCACAUGUUGCUACCGACGUUAGUGGUUGGUGGAUUGACUCUGGUGCUACCCACCAUAUUUCCAAAACCAAAGAUGGGCUCACUGAAUUCACUGAAUUGAAAAAAGGGGAAAAGAGAGUUUUCAUGGGCAACAACACUUAUCUUGAAGUGGUUGGAAUUGGCACCUAUAAAUUGGAUGUCGGGAACAGUAUCAUGGUACUCAAGAAUGUGUUGUAUGCUCCGGGAAUGAGAAGAAACUUGAUUUCAGUUCAUGCACUGACAAAGAAUGGCUUGGAGGUCCGAUUCUAUAAUGGUAGAGUUUCUAUUGGUAGGGACAAGAAUGUGUUUGCUAUGGGAAGGCUUGAACCUGAUCAUGAAUUGUUCAAGCUUCCAGUUGUAAUCGAUAAUGAAAUGAAUAAGAAUGCUAUUUCCGAUUACUCUUUGUCUUAUAAUAUAUGCAUGUAUGACAUGUGGCAUUAUAGAUUGGGACAUCCAGGAAUAAAUAAAAUGGAACAAAUAAUAAAAGAAAAUUUGUUAUCAAGAAUGGAAGUGAAUAAAUCACCUUGUGAACAUUGCAUAAAAGGAAAAAUAACAAGAAAACCUUUUAAAGAAGGACAAAGAGCUACAGAACUCUUGGGUCUGAUACAUUCAGACAUUUGUGGUCCAUUGAGUUACAAAACUCAUGCUAAUAAAGAAUAUUAUAUAACAUUCAUUGAUGAUUAUUCAAAAUAUUGUUAUGUGUAUCUUAUAUCGAGAAAAUCUGAAGCUUUUGAAUGCUUUAAGAGAUAUAAGACAGAAGUCGAAAAACAACUUGGAAAAGACAUUAAAGUUUUAAGAACUGAUAGAGGGGGAGAAUACAAUUCUACAGAAUUUGACAACUAUUGUCAAGAACACGGAAUAAUAAGACAUAAGACUAUGUCAUUUACACCACAACAAAAUGGGGUGGCAGAAAGAAAAAAUAGAACAUUAUUAAAUGUUGUGAGAUGUUUGUUGUCUCAUUCGGGACUAACAAAAAGAUUUUGGGGAGAUGCAUUGCUUACUACAAAUUAUACAUUAAAUAGAAUUCCCACAAAAUCUGUUGAGUCAACCCCUUAUGAAAUAUGGACUGGAAGAAAACCAGAUCUAAGUGAAAUGAGAAAAUGGGGAUGCAUUGCACAUGUAAUGAUCCCUUAUCAAAAUAGAGACAAGUUGGAUUUCAGAACUUUGAAGUGUAACUUCAUUGGUUAUUCGGAACCAUCUAAAGGUUAUGUAUUCUAUAACAAGGAAAAAGGAAUGAUAGAAAGUAGAGAUGCUACUUUCUUGGAAAAUUCUGAAGAACAAGAGGAUAUUAUAGAAGAACAAAAUCCUUUGUCAAUAAUAGAUGAUGAUCAUGAUACAAAAGAGUUGCCUCGUGAUAACACGAUUGGUGAAAAUGAGCCAAAUAGUAUCAUUGGUGUUAAGAGAACAAGAGAACCGCCUGCAUGGAUGGAUGACUAUUAUGUGUACAAUAUUGAGGCGUCUUGUUUCUCAGUAGACAUGGAAAUUGGUGACCCGAUAGAUCCUAAAACAUUUACUGAAGCAAUGAAAUCACCAGAAUCCACAUUAUGGUUGAAUGCCAUGAGAGAUGAACUUGAUUCAAUUGAAAAGAAUAAUGUAAUUUAAUAAUACUAUGAUUCA